AAUCUAAUAUUUACGUUUAAAAGUAAAAAUGGCAGCUGUGGGUGAGCCUUUGACAUUAGCUGCAGAUGUGAAACGAGCAAUAGAGUUGUUGGAAAAACUUCAGAAAAGUGGUGAGGUGCCAGCUACUAAGCUCGCAGCACUGCAAAAGGUGCUGCAAAGUGAUUUCCUGAAUGCAGUGCGUGAAGUAUACGAGCAUGUGUACGAAACUGUGGACAUCCAAGGAUCACAGGACAUUCGAGCGUCGGCCACUGCGAAGGCCACGGUCGCUGCGUUCGCAGCGAGCGAGGGUCACGCUCACCCACGGGUCGUGGAGCUGCCCAAGACAGAGGAAGGCCUGGGAUUCAAUGUGAUGGGUGGCAAGGAACAGAACUCCCCCAUUUACAUAUCCCGGAUCAUUCCUGGCGGAGUGGCGGACCGUCAUGGGGGCUUGAAAAGGGGUGAUCAGCUGUUGUCUGUCAAUGGGGUGUCAGUCGAAGGAGAGAACCACGAGAAAGCAGUUGAACUGCUGAAGCAAGCCCAGGGGUCUGUGAAACUCGUGGUGCGCUACACACCUAAGGUGUUGGAGGAAAUGGAGAUGAGAUUUGACAAACAGAGAGCAGCCCGCAGGCGUCAGUUCCAGUAAACUCACUUGGAAAACAUAUUUUUGAACUGCUUUUAGAAGUUUUAGGAAAUUAUCCUCAUACUUUAGCUGUAGGUUUACUUCUUAUGCUUUGGAUGUAACUUACUUUGUGUCCUCACUUUGAAUCUAUACAAAUAGUUUUUUUAGUCUAGUUUCUUAAAUUAAUUGUUACCAUACCAAUUAUUGUUAAAACAUUAAUUAUACAAUACAUAUAUAAAAGAAAGUUCAUUUGUGUAAAAUUUUGCUGUCAUCAAUGGAAAUGGACUAAUGUUUUUAAAACUGACAGAGAAGCCUGUUUUGUGAAGUAGCCAAAAUAAAGGCAAAUGGGUGAUUUAGAUCA